GAGAAGGCACUGGAACUCUGAAGCGUCGCAGAACGCUCCUCCCUCUAAGGCUCCGACCUCCGUGCCUCGCGCGCCCUCGCCCUUGCCCUCGCCCUCCCCCACCAACCCAAAACCCGAUCCGUUGCUCGCUGCUCAGGGUCCACUACUGAUCCGCUCCACGCGAGCUCCCUUGUCCCCGCGUCACACUCGCGCCCAAGCAAGCGGUUGCUGCAAAGGAAGCCUCCCCUGAUGGCUCUCGUGACCUCGGGCUCGGGUGCCGACCAGGUGAUCGCCGAGGUGGCGAUGAACGGCGGCGCCGACCCAAGUGCAACCACCGUGCGUGCUACUGUCGUGCAGGCGUCCACCAUCUUCCACGACACGCCCGCCACUCUUGGGUGCUGUCAGUGACUAUAACAUGAGGUCAGGACUUCAGGAGCAUAUGUAGAGGGCCGCCGGAGCAUAGCAGGGCGGCAGGAGAGGAGGGCGACGGCGAUGGAGAAGGGCAGGGACGAUAGAGAAGGGGCAACAGUGCUGGAGAAGGGCGGCUGCGAUGGAGAAGGACGGCUGCGAUGGAGAAGGGGCAUCGGUGCUGGAGAAGGGUGCAUGCUCGAAUGUGCGCUGCGUAAUGUGUGUACCGUAAUGGUACAAUUAAUGCAGAAAAGUGUUUGUGUUGUACAGAUAGUGGGCCGACCCAUGUAAUGGAGACCGGAUUAGUGGCCCAAAACAGGCAUAACUAGUCGACCAUUACCCUUAGUCGGACGACUAAUCACGAUUAGUCGGCGACUAGGACGACUAAUCGCUUCCUAGUCGUUCUAGUCGAGUCGGAGACCCUAAUCGAGCUCGCUCUAGCGGUAAGGCCGACUAAUCACGAUUAGUCGGACGACUUUAAAACCUUGGUUGCAGUCGGCCUGGCAUGCGGUGGGUGGUAUGGUCACCACGGUUGGGGGUGGUGGCAGUGCGGUGGGCGGCACGACAUGGUGGCUAGGGGUGGGUGAUGACACGUGGGCAUGGUACCGACGGCAGCUAGGGUUGGCGGCGGGCAUGCACAAGGAGAGAGAGGCAAGGCUAGAUGGAUGAAGAGAGACAAAGGAGAGAAGCGAUUAGUACAUUCUACUACUACUUAUCAGUUGUACAAUCUUAAAAAUUAUAGGUAAAAUAACACAUCAGGUAAGGUAACAAAAUUCUAGUUAAAAAAUACAUCUUUCUAUUAUGUUUUUCUCAAGUUAUAUCUUUCUAUUGUAUAAUUCUACACGAGUAGAUAAAAUAAAUAUAAUAUAAAUCAUUAGUUUUAUGAGCAAUGUCCCAUUUUAUCUUUAAUGCAAACAAUUAGCACUUGUCUGAAAUGAAAAAAUAUUAAAGAUGGUGUAUAGUUUUUUAAGCCAACAUCAAGUCUAAUAUUUUUAAACUGGUAUUAAUGUUUGAUAUUAUUAUCCUUUUUUUUUGCCGACACUUAUAGACUGCACCCCCCUAUAUCUGAAUUCUGGUUUCGCCCCUGCCUAGAUUAUUCUUGUUUAAUCUCAAUAGAUAUAUAUCUACUUAUAUUUAUAGGGAGGACCUGACUCAACUUGAAUUCCAAGUAAUCCUAUCUUCUGAACUCUUGCAUAACUUGUUGAAAGAAACUGCAGACAGUGUAAUCCUAUGAAAUAAAGUUCUAUCAAUCCAAAUAAAAUUUUCAAAAAAAAAAGCAUUGCAGUUAUGCUUUCUAGGCUUACCAUUCUAGUGAACUGUGUUCUGGAUAAAGUUUUGGAAUUCCAUGUUCACCACAUUCAGUCAAUGCCAUUGCCCAGGAGGCCAGGAGAGGAACAUGAUGAAUGAUUUUCUAGUUUUAUUUGGAUAUGUAUGAACUAUUAAUAUUGUUGAGAGGGCAAGACACAUUUCAAUGAGCUUAUAUAUAAAUAUGGAAUUGUUGUCAACUAUUUUCUCUACAGAUAAAGCAGAGAGAUUGAUAGCAGAGGCUGCUGGGUAUGGUUCACAGUUAGUUGUCUUUCCAGAAGCUUUUAUUGGAGGCUAUCCUCGUGGAUCCACAUUUGGUUUCGGGAUCAGUAUUAGUAUUAUUAAUCCAAAAGACAAGGGAAAGGAAGCAUUCCGGAGGUAUCAUGCAUCUGCUAUAGAUGUGCCUGGUCCAGAAGUUACACGCUUGGCUGCUAUGGCUGCAAAAUAUAAGGUUUUCUUGGUCAUGGGGGUGAUUGAAAGGGAAGGUUACACCCUUUAUUGUUCCGUGCUUUUCUUUGACCCUCUUGGCCGUUACCUGGGUAAGCACCGGAAGCUCAUGCCUACAGCAUUAGAGAGAAUUAUAUGGGGAUUUGGGGAUGGAUCGACUAUUCCAGUUUAUGAUACUCCACUUGGAAAGAUUGGGGCGCUCAUUUGCUGGGAAAAUAAAAUGCCACUUUUGAGGACAGCGCUGUAUGGUAAAGGUAUUGAGAUAUACUGUGCCCCCACUGCUGACUCCAGGCCUGUUUGGCAAGCCUCCAUGACACACAUUGCUUUGGAGGGGGGAUGCUUUGUCUUGUCAGCAAACCAAUUCUGCCGCAGAAAGGACUAUCCUCCCCCACCGGAGUAUGAGUUUGCUGGUUUAGGUGAAGAGCCAUCCGCGGACACUGUUGUUUGCCCUGGAGGCAGCGUUAUCAUUUCUCCAUCUGGAGAAGUCUUGGCAGGUCCCAACUAUGAAGGAGAGGCACUGAUUACAGCCGACCUUGACCUGGGAGAGAUUGUUCGAGCCAAGUUUGAUUUCGACGUGGUGGGCCACUAUUCUCGACCUGAAGUCCUUAGAUUGGUAGUGAACGACCAACCGCAGCUCCCUGUGUCUUUCACGUCUGCCGCUGAGAGGACUCCAGCUGCCAAGAGUGAUAUCGAUACUAAGUCUUACUGAUUGACUGGUCAUGAAACUGUGUUGCGCCGAACACUUGGUGAUGGUCGCUCAGCUCCUCUAGUUUGCUGUUGUGUCUCGUGGAUGGGAGUUGGGAGUUGUAGCUUUGAACUAAAAAAAAAACUCUUGCCUUCCCAACGUAAAAAAAUGGUGGCCGCAGUUAUGUUCCUUGUGAAAGCUGUUCGCUUGGCUUUAAUCUAAAACUGUUUCUACUUUUUCUAAA